CGCAUGUGCAACAGUUUGUAAAUAAUGAGGUGGUUUUAGUGACAUGUCAUAUUUAUUUUAAAUCCAAACAAUAUUUCACCAUAUUAACAAUGGCAGACAACGAGCAAAAAGCUUCUCAAUAUAUGGAGGAAGCGGAAAAGAAGUUGAAAUCUUCCAAAAGUUUUUUUGGUUCAAUGUUUGGUGGGUCCACGAAGGUAGAGGAUGCUGCAGAUCUGUAUGUACGAGCAGCAAACUCCUUCAAAAUGGCAAAGAAAUGGCCAGGUGCUGGUGAAUGUUUCUGCCGUGCAUCAGAGCUGCAGCUGCAACUAGGUAGUAAACAUGAGGCAGCCACACACUAUGUAGAUGCCGGUGGAGCAUACAAGAAGGCAGACCCUCAAGAGGCAGUAAACUGCUUAGGAAAAGCAAUAGAAAUAUACACAGAUAUGGGUCGGUUCACCAUUGCUGCAAAGCAUCAUGUUUCGAUAGCAGAGAUUUAUGAGAAUGAACUUGCUGAUAUGGACAAGGCCAUCUCCAGCUACCAGCAGGCUGCAGACUACUAUAAAGGGGAGGAGUCAAACAGUUCAGCUAAUAAAUGUCUGCUGAAGGUAGCCCAGUAUGCAGCUCAGCUCGAGAGAUAUGACCAGGCUAUACAAAUAUAUGAGGAGAUUGCAAUGUCUUGUAUGGACAGUUCACUGCUCAAGUACAGUGCAAAGGACCAUUUUUUCCGCGCGGCAGUGAGCCACCUAUGUGUGGACACGCUUAACUGUCAACAGGCCCUGCAGAGAUAUGAGGAACUCUUUCCACAGUUCGCUGACGCGCGCGAGUGUAAACUGCUCAAGAGCCUGGUACAGGCGUGUGAAGACGAAGAUGCUGAUGCGUUCACGGACGCCAUCAAGGAGUAUGAUUCCAUCUCCCGUCUUGACCAAUGGACAACCACUAUGCUGCUACGUGUCAAGAAAAGAAUUAACCAAGAUGACCUCAAAUAAAACGGGAAAUGUAGCACAAAGUGUUGUAGGACUUUUAUUAAUUGUAAACAUUUUGCUGCCCUCAGAUGUGGGAAUCUUGUUGGCUAGUCCAGUGUUGAAAAUAAAUAGCUAUCUACUACAUGUUAGCGGUGUCAGUUACUAGCAGUUAUGGUUUAAGAUAAACCUCUAUUCAAGCCAAAUAUAAUAUUCUUUCAAUAUUUAUGUUUUGUUAACUUAUGGCUGCCAGUUAGGUAUUUAAAAACUGGUGCAUGGUCCCAAGACAAUUAACACGACACUUGUUCUCAUUUAUCAUUCAAUUGACCAAUUAAGUGAUUCAAUUUUGUCAAUACAUAAUAGCAUGUGUAUGUGUAAUACAAUGUGUUAUGUUGACCCAUCUGACAAACAAUCUCCAACAAUUAACCAGGUGCACAGAAGCUCCCAUUUGUGUCUAGUAAAUUGUUUCAAUCUAUAUGAUUGGAGUAAAUUUUGUAUGGGCUAGUAACAAGAUGUGCAAUAUAUUUAUACUAUACUAGUAAGUAAAUUAACUUUAAUGUUAAAGUUGAUAUUUUUAUUGUGAAAAGUUAGCAUUUUGAAUUCAGAAUUUGAGUUGCUGAGAAUGGAAUGCAAGUUGAGACUAAUAAAGGGAAUAUCCAUAGGUCCAAACAUACAUAGUCACUGUCAGAAUUUUUUUGUUUAUGAAAGAUUUGUUUUCGUCUUUUUGUUUACACUAUCAUGUAUGCGUAUAAUGCUAAGAUUAAAUCACCUUUUUUACAUUCCAGCAUGUAGAAUAGAAGUUCAAAUGUAAAUUAACACUGCAUUUCUGUGUUAACUAUCUGAAUUGUUCUUUUUAAUAAUCUGGAAAGUAAAAUCAGUUCUAACAUUAUUCUCACAAAUAGGCAUGCCAUUUUAUGGUUUCACAGCUGAAUUGUGCUACAAAUAAUAAAGAAAAUGAUUCAUGUAGAUUUUACUAAAUAAUACCAACAUAUAUAAAAAUAAUAUUGAUUAGAAAAUCAGAAUUUAAUUUUUGUAAUCUUGUUGCGUGCAAAAUACUGUAAAUUGUGUUAUCAUGUGUGCAAAUGAUUAACUACUAUGCCUUCAGCAGAAAUUUACACAUGUAUAUUUAAAUUACAGUUAAAAGCAUUUAGAAAUGGUUGUAGAUGGCCGAAAAUUGAAUAUAUUUUGAUAAGGUUCAGUUCUUUAAUGUUUUUAUCCAAGAUAUUGUAUGGUAUGUAAAUCAUGGCUGUUUGAGGUCUACAGCUGUCCGAGAUCUACGCCCCUACUGGUAUGGUACAUGUAUGGUCCCUCUGUUUGGACUACAUGUUGGUAGUACAGCUUUCAAGAAUUGUCAUUAUGCUAUGUCGAUGGUGUUUCACUGAGCUUUUCAUAGAGUCUGCUUGUGAACCAAAUACUGAGACUCUUUGUUGCAAGUAAUUUAUAAAUUGAAUGGUCCAUAUAUAAGCCAUAUUGCUACAGUUUGCAAGAGACUGAUGAAUGUUUGCCAAGUUUAACUAUCAUUUGUCGCUAUUGAAUUGUUGUGAUUUUUUUCAAUAGAUUUCAAGAAACCUUGAAAUCCUCCCUUUCUUACUUUUUUGUGUGACUUGUAACAUAUUGUUGUAUAGAUUGAAGAAAGCAUUUUGGUUGAAUAAUACUCACUAGAACAGAUUAACAUCAAUGAAAUGACAACACAGUAUAAGGUUUUAUGCUAAUUUUUGUAAUAAACGACCUUUAAAAAAAAGUAACCUGUACAUUUUUGAAAAAAUAAAUUUGGUGAAAGCUCAAAACAAAUAUACAUUUUGACAACUUUUCUGUUAUAACAGGUGAAAAUGGAAUUUGAUUUUGCACCCUAAUCAACAUAUCUUCUUAAUACCGGUACAUGUAUUUUUAAGCAUUUGGCCAUAUGCUCUUCCAACUGUUCGUCUUCUUCAUUGCUAAUUGUUCAUUUUUUACCCUUUUCAUAUAUUAUUACAUAUAUAUUGUAUGUUUUGUUAUGCAAAUUAUUUCACAUUUACUUUGAAUAAAUGUUAGAGUGGUA